CGCCGCCGACGUGACGUGAGUUGGCACGCGUAUACGAGGAGGGUAUUACUUGUCGCCGAUCAUUAAACGAUUACGGAGGACGUCGCAGACGUCUCGCGUCUGUGGGCUUUCCGUCACAUUCCAUUUGUAUCGCGCUAUAAUAUACGGUCGAUUAAUGCGGAACGAGUCGCAACAUGGCACAACAUAUCAGAAAAGCGGCGUCACUAUUGUUUACUCAGGAAUGCAUGAGGGAGUACUUCGACAAGUUCAAUUUCUUCCACGUCGGAUGCUUCAAGGCGACACUGAGCAAAGGUCUAGGACUGGGCAUCAUCGGUGGUUCCUUGCUCGUGAAGGUACCUCAGAUUGUAAAAAUUCUAAAAAAUAGAAGCGGCGAGGGAAUCAAUGUCUUCAGCGUGUUGUUGGAUCUGUUCGCCAUCACUGCGAUGUCUUCCUACAGUUUCAUGAGUAGAUUUCCAUUUAGUGCCUGGGGAGAUGGGGUAUUUUUAGGGCUUCAGACUCUGAUCAUCGCGGUUCUAGUGCUGCACUACAAUGGAGAUACGGCGAAAGCGACUGCAUUCCUGUCCGCUUAUCUGGCGGUGAUUUGUGCGGCCAAUAGUGGACUGACGCCGGUCCACGUGCUCUGGACAUGCCAGGCAAUGAAUAUACCCAUUGUUCUCAUAAGCAAGCUUGCACAGGCCUAUACAAAUUAUGCAAACGGAAACACCGGCCAGCUCUCGGCGGCAACAUGCUUCAUGCUCUUCUUCGGUUCUCUCGCGCGGAUCUUCACUUCCGUUCAAGAAACGGGCGAUAUGACUAUGAUAAUAAUGUACGUGUGUUCCACCCUGGCAAACGGUAUAAUAGUGGCGCAGCUCAUGUACUACUGGAACGUGGACGUAAAGAGCAAAGAAAAGAUCAAGAAGAAAAGCUAGAGAGGAAGUAGGGAGUGUUUAUAUAUACAGCGCGCGACUGAUAAUCUACAUAGGCCAACGACGUAAAGUGUGGCUGUAUAAAAUUUCGCAUGGAUGAUGCUUUACGAAGUCGACGUGACGUCGGAGAGACAUGAAAAAUAAAGUUCCGAGAACGUUCGUAGGGGCAGCGCCUAGUAUUGUAGAUAAUUUGGAACCGUAGCGGUUAAUAUAAUUUCUUUCACGCAGACCGGAAGUGUCGACGUGGGAAUAAUAUUGUUGGCGAUCAUUUCUAUCGACGGAUACGAGAAGUGAGACAAUAUAUUACGAAGCAACACUUAUUAUGCGUACACGAUUAAAGCCAACGGCGCGCGAUACCAUUUUUCCUGGUUUGCUCGCGGCAGCCAAUCGGGAUUUAGCCUCGAGUCGCCUGAUCUAAAACUCCGCGUCCCCUAUUGGCUCACGCAAAAGCAAUCCAGUGGGGGAAAAAAUAGCUUCGAGUGCCGUCGGCUUAAGAUAAGACUGGAUUAUUGUUGAAUGCGUUAUUCUCCGCGUGCUCGCUACAGCUUUUUUCCGACGCACGUAAAACGGUACGUCUUUUGUACUUAUUUUACAAGCUGUAAAAUAAGAAGUAUUUCGUACAUCCUGUGUUAUGAUUUAUCACUGCAAAAAUUCUUGGCAUGUAUUUCAAGCGCAUCAUUUACGCAUUAAAUUUAUAUUGUUGAAGGA